AUGGCUCUCAAAUGGACUUCAGUUCUUUUGCUGAUACAAUUCAGUUGUUACUUCAGCUCUGGGAGUGGUGGAAAGGUGCUGGUGUGGCCCACAGAAUACAGCCAUCGGUUAAAUAUAAAGACAGUCCUGGAUGAACUUGUUAGCAGAGGCCAUGAGGUGACUGUGUUGACAUCUUCAGCUUCCAUUCUUGUUGAUACGAGUAAAUCAUCUGCUAUUAAAUUUGAAGUUUUUCCUACAUUUUUAACUAAAAAUGAUUUAGAGAAUUUUAUUGGGACAUGGUUUGCUAGAUGGAUAUACAAUAUCCCAAAAGGUACAUUCUGGGAUUAUUUUUCACAAGCACAAAAAAUACUUUGGAAACUUAAUAAUGGUAUUAAAAAACUCUGUGAAGAUUUAGUUUUGAACAAGAAACUUACUACAAAACUGCAAGAGUCAAAGUUUGAUGUUGUUCUUGCAGAUGCCUGUGGUGCCUGAGGUGAUCUGGUAGCUGAGCUUCUUAAAAUACCUUUUUUGUAUAUUCUCCGCGUCUCUCCCAGAUACUUACUUGAGAAGUACAGUGGAGGACUUCUAUUCCCACCUUCCUGCGUACCUGUUGUUAUGUCAGAAUUAAGUGAUCAAAUGACAUCCCUAGAGAGGGUAAAAAAUACGAUAUAUGUGCUUUAUUUUGACUUUUGGUUUCAAGGGAUUGUUUUAAAGAAGUGGGACCAGUUUUACAGCGAUGUUCUAGGAAGACCCACUAGAUUACUUGAGACAAUGGGGAAGGUGGAAAUGUGGCUAUUUCAAACCUAUUGGAUUUGGAAAAUUCCUUGCCUAACCUUAUCAAAUGUUGAUUUUGUUGGAGGACUCCACUGUAAACCAGUCAAACCCCUGCCUAAAGAAAUGGAAGAGUUUGUGCAGAGCUCUGGAGAAAAUGAUGUUGUGGUGUUUUCUCUGGGGUCAGUGGUCAGUAACAUGACAGAAGAAAAGGCCAAUGUGAUUGCAUCAGCCCUUGCCCAGAUCCCACUAAAGGUUCUAUGGAGACUUGAUGGCAAAAAAACAAAUACUUUAGGAUCCAAUACUCGACUGUACAAGUGGAUACCCCAGAAUGACCUUCUUGGUCACCCAAAAACCAAAGCUUUUAUAAUUCAUGGUGGAAGCAAUGGCAUCUAUGAGGCAAUCUACCAUGGGAUCCCUGUGGUAGACCUUCCUUUGUUUUCGGAACAGCCUGAAAAUGUUGUUGACUUGCAGGGCAAAGGAGAAGCUGUUAGACUGGAUUUCACCACAAUGUCGAGUACAGACUUAUGGAAUGCACUGAAGACAGUAAUUAAUGAUCCUUUCUAUAAAGAGAAUGCUAUGAAAUUAUCAAGGAUUCAUCAUGAUCAGCCAAUGAAGCCCCUGGAUUGAGCAGUCUUCUGGAUUAAGUUUGUCAUGCACCACAAAGGAGCCAAGCACCUUCGGAUUGCAGCUCACAACCUCACCUGGCUUCAGUACCAUUCUUUGGAUGUGAUUGUGUUCCUGCUGGUGAAGGCAACUGUGAUAUUCAUCAUCACAAAAUGUUGUCUGUUUUGUUUCCAAAAGUUUGUCAAAACAGGAAAGGAGGAGAAAAAGGAUUAGUUAUGUCAAAGGCCUGAAGUUGGAAUGACUGAAAACUAGGAGUUGUCCAGUUUAUUCCAGCAUGAAGUGAUGGGAAUGGAGAAUUUCCUUCCCCCUGUGACAAAACAUCAUUUCACAAUUGACCCUGUUAAGUGAAAAACUUCUUUUCCAGGGACUUAGUAUCUAUUUAAGUUGGAAAUAAUCCAAGUCAAAUAUUUAAAAACUAGGAAAAACAGUGUUAAAAACUAGUUAAAAACUAGAAAAAAUAAAAAUAAUAAAAAACCGUAUGGGGUUUUAAGGCUAUUAUUCUAAUUCACAAAUGACACAAAAAACUUUACUGAGCUUAAUGAUGUUUCAUACACUGUACAUGGAAAUUACUAGAUUCAGAAGUUCACUUACAGUGUCAGUACUGUUUUGCAUAUACUCAGAAUACUUUGGCUUCAUUUUGAGCAGAUUUCUAUUGUUUUUACUGUUGCCAAGGAAACUAUUCAAUAAUUAAAUUGUGUAAAAAGUCUCACUCUUCCUCUUCUUCCUAUUGAUAUUGCAAGAACAGUAGUAUUGCUUGGCUUCUUCUAUGCAUCCAUACUCAGUGUCACUUCUUUCCUAAAAGACAUUACAUGUUUAU